ACAAAUAACACCAAAUUACAAAGAAAAAAAAACUGAAUUACAAAUCCGUCAUCAUCAUAACGUAAGAGAAGCAAAUUUACCAUAGUUUAUAUCGUAAAUCGAAUUUGUCAUAUUUUCUGCAACCAAAAAAAUACAAAAAAAAAAAAAAAACCGAUCGAGUUUUUCACCAUCCCCAACAACAACGAAACUGCACCUUUGACCUAUACAAGAAGAAACGUCGUCGUUUUCAUAUCAAACCAAAACCCAAACCUCAACACCUAACACAAACCUUUUCAUUCUCUUCAUGAUUAAAAUGAAGAUCUUAUCAUAGCAAUUAUUCUAAAUCGUAACGUUGAAUUUCUUCAUAUUUUAAUCAUAGGAUGUCGAAUUUAUACGGUGAUUAUAAUCAGAAGAUCGAUUACGUUUUCAAAGUGGUGUUGAUUGGUGAUUCUGCCGUUGGAAAAACACAACUUCUUGCUCGUUUUUCGAGGAAUCAAUUUAACGUUGAUUCUAAAGCUACAAUUGGUGUUGAGUUUCAAACCAAAACUCUUGUUAUUGAUAAUAAAACUGUUAAGGCUCAAAUAUGGGACACUGCUGGUCAAGAAAGGUACAGAGCAGUAACUAGUGCGUAUUACCGUGGAGCUGUUGGAGCGAUGUUAGUUUACGACAUGACUAAGCGCCAAUCAUUUGAUCACAUGGCAAGGUGGUUAGAGGAACUGAGGGGUCAUGCAGACACAAAUAUUGUCAUAAUGCUAAUUGGCAACAAGUGUGAUUUGGGAACUCUAAAGGCAGUACCUACUGAAGAUGCUCAGGAGUUUGCUCAAAGAGAGAACCUAUUCUUUAUGGAGACAUCAGCACUAGAGUCCACUAAUGUCGAAACCGCCUUUCUGACUAUUCUAACAGAAAUUUACCGACUUAUCAGCAAAAAAACACUUACUGCCAAUGACGAGGCAGAUCCUGGUGGUGGUUCAGGGCUUCUGAAGGGAACCCGGAUAAUUGUUCCUAACCAAGAUGCGAGUGCUUAUGAAAAGAAGGGUGGUUGCUGCGGGUAAUCCUACUCUUGCUUGUUGUGAUCUUCUUGGGAAGCUUAUUGCUCAUUCUGGCUCUGCCGACAUGUGGGUUGGUGUUUUCAGAGAGGGUAGUUCAAUCUCAUCAGCAAAAUGUAGGCUUUAUUUUUUAUUUAAAACUGCUUAUUUGUUGCAAAACAUACCAUUUCCUACUUUUCUGGCCCUUUCUGGUUAUAGGAUUUAAACUUGUUUAUACAAAUUCUGGUUCAGUUCAGAUAGAGGAAUGGAAACAGUGUAACUUACUGGAUGUAUUUAAUUUGUAGCAACUAGUUUAGCAAAAAAACUAAUGUUAUGUGUGAGAAACCAUCUAAAGUGCAGGUCUUUAAAGUGCA